AUGGACAAGAUGGAUAAGAGGGACAAGGCCAAGGCAGGAGCCGCAGCGACGAUGAUGGCUUCUCACCCUCCAGGCAUUCGGAAAACCUCCAGGCCUCCAGCGUCUCCUCGAUCCCCUCCCCCAGUAAUCCCCACAGCCCUCAGAGUUCUGGGAGCAGUGGGAGCUGGGGGGCGAGGGCCGCUGGCCCAGCGAGCGGGGAGCAUCCGGGCAGCUGCUCUUCCGGAAGCUACUCCCCCGGUGGAUCCCACGAGGAGCACCCGGACAGGCCUGGGCAACCCAGCCACCAGGACCCCAGCGUCUGGGAGAGGGAAUCGGACCCCUGCCAAGACCCCUGGUUCAGGCUCUGUCUCUAGCCUGGGACAUGCUAGUGGGACUACCAGGCUAGGCCCUCUAGGGCAGAAAGGGCUUUGUCCUCCAGCUGAGGAACCUAUGGGCAGAGGAAAACCCCCAGAAACUCCCAGAAGGAGUGCCCUGAGUGUGGGGGCACGGAGAGACUCUUCCGGUCCCACCCCAGGCGCCCCUUCCCCAGCCAUCUCUCAUCGGUCUCGAGGUGGGGGCGCUGAAGUGGGGCUCCCCCGGGCAGCUUCCAGUGCCCGGCCCCGACCCCUGAAUGAAGCCUCCAGGAAAUCAGUGAGCAGUGCCCCGGAGCGCAGCACCGCGGAGCCGAGCCCCGCUGCCAGGAGGCGACCCAGCUCCUGCGGGGGCCUCCAGAGGCCAGCUUCGCGCCUCCUGGGCUCCAGCACCAACCCUUUGUCCUCCCCAGCGCGCUCCCGGGCCUUGCUGGGUGGAACACCCCGGGCUCUGGGGCUCCCCUCACAGGCCAAGUCGAAAGGGCUGCAGGCUCUGCACCCCCCGCAGGCCGCACCCCCAAGGAAGGGCACAGCAAUCCUGCAGAGCCUUUCUCUUCCUUUGGCGGUAUCAUCUCCAUCCUGUCCGACCGCACUACUGGCACCGCCUAUCCAUAUCACAGCCGCUCCUCUGCGGGACACGCCCCUUACCUCUCCACCGACCGCGCCACCUCUCCAGGCCUUAACGGGUCCCCUGGCCACGCCCUUUCCGCUGGCCCCUCCUGCUUCUGCCCCAAUCUCUCCGCAGACCCUCCCUUCUCUGCCAGCCACACUCACUUUGCAAGCUCCACUCACACACCUGGGUACAUCCUUUCCGGAGGCACCCGCCUCUCCCACGGCCACUUUUCUGGCUCCAUUCUCUCCUUCAGGUUCAUCCCCUCUGUCGAAUACGUCCCCCACCCAGGUUUCUCCGGCUUUGCCCCCUCUUCCGACUAUCCCUUCUCCUUUGACUGCACCUCCUUUGUCGGCUCCUCUGCCACUAGCCACGCCCCCUCUACAAGUCCGUCUUUCUCAGGCAAGGUCUCUGAGGAACUUACCCUCUCCCCUAGCCACAGCACCUCUGCAGGACUUUUCUGCUCUGACCACGCCCCCUCCACUGGCUAGUCCUCUGUCUCCGCCCCAUCUUCAAGCCACGGCCUAUGUACUGACCACACCUCCCAUGCAAGACCCUCUUCUAGCCCCAUCCCCUCCGCAGGCCCCUCCUUCCCUGGCGACGUCCUCACUGCAGACACCACCUCUGGCCACGUCCCCUCUUCAGGCCACUGCAUCUCUGGUUCUGCCCCCUCUACAGGCUCCACGUUUUUUGGCCUCAUCAGCUUUGCAAACCCCUCUCUCUCCCCUGGCUACGGCCCCUCCACAGAGUCCAUCUUCCCUGGACACACUUUCUCCACAGGCCUCUCCCUCUUCUCAGACUCUGUUACCUCUACAGGUCUCACUUUCUCAGGCCUCACCACCUCUGAAGACGGCUCCCUUUCCAGCCAUGUCCCCCUUGCAGGCUAUUCCUUCUUUACUGGCUAUGGCCCCUGUGCAAACCCAACCUCUGGCCGUGCCUCCUCUGCAAAACCCUCCCUCUUCCAUGGCCACGCUCCCUCCCCCGGCUCCAUCUUAUCUGGCAUUGUCUCCUCUGCAGGUCCCUUCCUCUCCCCCUGCGUCACCCCCUCGGUCGACCCCACGCCGUCCCCCGACCCCGGGUCCCGAUGCUCCGAUCCCGGGCCCACGGCUGACCCUGGCGCUAGCCUCGGCCCCGCCGCCACCGCCCUCGCGCAGCCCGUCCAGUACUCUGAGCGGCCCGGACCUGGCGGGCCACAGCAGCAGCGCCACAAGCACACCGGAGGAGCUGCGCGGCUAUGAUAGUGGGCCGGAGGGUGGCACCGCCGCCUCCCCCCCCACCGACGCAGAGCUCGCCGCCUGCCACCCGGCUGCUUGGAGCCGAGGUCCCACUUCGCCGCUGGCUGUCCGCGGCACCCCGGGAGUACCCAUGCCUUGGCCUCCCGCUGCUGGGUCUGGCUCUGCUGACGGCCUGGGCACAAUCUACGAGGCUGAAGGGUCGGAAUCGGCGACUUCCGACCAAGGAAUGCUGGAUCCUGGACCUGGGCCCGGCGCGGGUGGUGGGAAGGCGGCGGCGGCGGCGGCUGCCUCGCGCGGCGUGAAGCCAGCGUGCCUGGGCGAGCUGCCGCUGGGGGCUCUGCAGGCUAGCGUCGUACAGCACUUGCUGAGCAGGACCCUGUUAUUAGCGGCGACCGAAGGUGCCGCUGUCGGCAGCGGCGGUGGCCCGGGGAGCGCUGGGGGUGGCGGCGGCGCCGGGGGCGCCCGAACUGCGUUCAGCGGUGCUGAACUGAGUCGCUGGGCCGAACUGUUGUCUCCCCUGGACGAGUCCCGCGCCAGCAUCACCUCGGUCACCAGCUUCUCCCCGGACGACUUGGCUUCCCCGCAGGGUGACUGGACCGUGGUGGAGGUGGAGACCUUUCACUGAGCCAGGCUCUAGCCCCGCCGACCACACUCCACCCCUGCCUUAGCA